AUGGGUCUCGGACAGUCCAAGAGCAUGCUAAUAAACAGUAAUAAUAAAUUUAAAACAAACAAAACAGAAAGACGAAAAAAAUUCCGCUCUUGGACAAUCUUGUCAGAUAAAGAUAGAAAUCUCAACGAAAUUUGGAGUUUUAGCAGCGGUGGUAAAAGAAUUCAUAAUAAUAGCUUAAGAGGCUCUAAAUUUUCGAACCUUAUUAUUGAUGAGGAGGUGAAAAGACUAGAAAGACGACAUCAAUUAUUUAAACGAAUUUGGCAAAAUAAUUUUUCUGCUCCUGUUGACGAAAAUUUAAUGGCUGGUGGAGCUAAAGUUCUAGAGAUUGGGUAA